AUGAAAGGCUUUGACGAACGCGACAAAGCGGCCCAACGGGAGAAGGAGGACAAGAUCCAGGCGUCGCUCCUUAUUCUCAACGAACUCUUGCGCUGUUCUAACGAUUCCGGCGAUGUAAUCGGACGAGAAUUGGAGCAUAAAUAUAAUCAGAUAAUCGAGAACCAAAGCAACCACCGAAGCAGUCAAUUGUCUAAACUAUUCCGAAGUCACACCAAUAUUCAGACACAGCCAACGGUUCCCUCUUAUGGUUUGCGUGAUUUGAAUUCAGUGGUGAAGUAUCACAAAGAAAUGGGUUUAGCGCCCAUCCCAUCGUCGCAACACAAAUAUCGACCGCCGAAACUGAGCCAAACGUGUCGUCAAUUAUUAUUAGACAAUUUCGACGACUUAUGCGCUCAAGUGAUGCUUCAGCUCCACUGCAAGAAUACUCCGAACAUAAAUCACGUGAUUCUGACAGUCAUUCCAAGUCUGGCCGCAUUGAAUCCGGACAAGUUUGCCGCCAGAAAGUACAUCAAAGAGACCAUUGUAUACCUACUCAAUAACCUGCGACUAUCGCCCGCCCGUUCCCUCGCCUUCAUCUCUUUGGGUCUUUUGGCGAUUGCCAUCAAACCGGUGAAGAAUGAUAUUCUUAAACAACAUUUGCCGCAAAUAAUGCAAACAAUACGCCAAACACUGCCGCUGAAAGAGCAUCAGCCGAAGAAACGGCUGCCACAGCCGGACCCGACUGUGUUCACGUGUCUGGCGCUGUUGAGUCAGGUGGCGGCCGACUCCAUCGUCAAAGAAGUGCGCGAACACUCUCUCCUGGACUCGAUGUUCGCCACCGGACUGUCGGAGCCGUUGGCGGCGGCGCUGCACGAGAUAUGCAAAUACAUUCCGUCACUCAAACAGGACAUCCAGAACGGACUGCUCAAGAUGUUGAGUCACAUACUCAUGAAAAAGGCGUAUACAUUGCCCGGAGUGCCCAAACACCUGCAGUUCAGUGCCAUGUCUUUAAGCUGCGAACCCGUAGACGUUCAGACGACGAUUCUGGCGCUCAAAGUGUUGGGUCAGUUCGACUUCGAGCCCCGGUCUCUCAUGCAGUUUGUCCGUCACUGCGCCGACACUUACCUGACCGACGAGAGUCGAGAGGUCCGACUGGAAGCGGUCCACACGUGCUGCCAAUUACUAACGCCCGCGCUUAUGAAAGAUGUUUUAAGUAAACUAUUGAUUGUGGGCAUAACCGACGCCGAUAUGUAUGUCCGCUAUUCGGUGCUAUCGAGUCUUGACGAGCGGUUUGACAUGCAUUUAGCGCAGGCGGAGAAUCUGAACGCACUGUUCAUCUGUCUUAACGACGAAGUGUUUGAGAUCCGAGAACUGGGCUUAUGUACGAUCGGACGGCUCAGUAGUCUUAAUCCCGCGUAUGUCAUGCCGUCACUAAGAAAGGUUUUGCUUCAAUUGUUAACAGAGUUGGAAUACUCUGGCAUUUGUCGGAGUAAAGAGCAAAGCGCCAAAAUGUUAGGCCACUUGUUGGCCACAACUCCCCGACUAAUCAGACCAUACACUGAACCCAUACUUAAA